AUUUGUCUUUGUGAUAUAAUUAUUUUCCAUUAUAAGUGGUUCUUCCCAUUUUGGUUAUGAUGAAAGCUUCCACCAUAUACUGAAAUAAGAUAGGGUUGGUAUUAGAUGUAGUAGUGGUAAUUUGGAUUUGGCCUCAUUUAUAUCUUAGAUAAUGAGAAUAUGAGAUGGCUUGAAACUCAUCACUAUCUACUUUGGAUGCCCCCAAUCUGGUUUGAAUAGACAAGAGGCAAUCUGAACCUAUAUUUAAUAACUUUAUGGAUUGUGAUUAUGGAAGUCUUGGUGUUGGACUGUUGGAUGUAUUGUAUUCCAGAUUUCCAGUACCCACAAGGCCAUAAUCCAUAUUCAGUAUCUGACUUGACUGACUAUGUGCCUAUGUGGUGCUAUUCAGUUUCUGACUCUUUGUUUAUAUGUGCGGGAUGAUUAUUGAGGACUUAGGACUGAGGAAGUGAGGAGAAUUGGAAAGUCGAAUGUGGUCAUACUUUAUAGUUUUUGCUUUGUAAACACUUAUGCAGCUUUAUGCUAUGGUUUGUAAACUUUGGUGUCCUCCUUGUAGUUUUUGCUAAGUACUCUAUUAACUUUUUCUGGACUUGGUUUGUAAUUUAAGUAUCAAGUAUGUAAGCAUGUAGCCAAUAGGCAGUAGACAAUUAGAUAUGUAGUUUGUAAUGGUGCAUUUGUAGCUUUGUGCAACUCAAUCGGUUGGGUUCUUGAUCAGUAAGAUCACUACCAACUUUUUUUGUAAAAGAAAAAUUGUAAUUCUGUACUUGACAGUUUGUAAAUUUGCAAAGUUUUUGCGUUUUAAAUAUAACCGAAGUAACCGAUAUCCGAUCCGAUAUCCGGAAAAACCCGAAAUAGUAAUAUCCGAAAAACCCGAAACCGAAACUCACCGGGUUGGGUUCAAAAUAUACAUCAUAAAACCCGAACGGGUUUGGGGUCCGCACACCCGACCUGCCCGAACCCGACCCGUGCUCUCCCCUACCACCGAGUUUAUUGCCCGACGUAUCCAUGUGAAGAUUAUUUGUUAUAUUAAUUGACAUCUUCCUUAAUUUCUUUCAUUCUGUAAAACCUGGCUCCUCCGAUUCCCUGGGUUAUUUCUCAAUCUCCCAACGGGCUGGUCAUCGCUUAAUUGACGCCAAGGCCUAUCCUGACUCCUUCAAGGGCUGUAGACAUAAGUGGGUUUGGGUUACCCCAACGGAUGGUAGGCUUCCAUUCGAGAACAAGUGGGAGGAGCUGAUUCGGAGAUGGGUGAUGCCUAUCCUGCCAUAAGGGAAUGACAAGGUCACCAAAUUGAUCGUAGAGGGCUCACCCUUCUUGAUGGGGCACUACGUGGGUGAGGACGAGGUGGUUGUUCUUGAAUUUAGAUCAGGUCAGCAAUGACCAAUCGUAUAUUUGCUUCAUUUUUCUUUUUCUGUUUACCUUUUCUGACAAGGUUCUUGUUUUGAUUCAGCGGGCGAUUCAGAUGGCAUCCCGACUGAAGCGCCUUGUUGCGAAGACUGGAGCCACCCCCAGUCCCCUGGCCCCAUUUAGGAAAAUCCAGACCCAGGGAGCACUUGGGGCCGCUAUGGAGAAUCCAGGGGGAUCCACCCUCGGAGACGUUGCUGUGACUCUUACUACGCCGGUUGCCGACCUCUAGCCCCCCACUGUUAAGGGGGCUGGGAAGAGGCUAGAAAUCCAGGCCAUUUCUGGGCCUAAGAAGAAGAACAAAGUUGCCAUGAAGCCUACUGAGGAUGUUGUUGAUGUAGAUUCUGAUUCGGAUGCAGAGUCUCAAGGAGGUGGCAAUCAGGGGAAAACCUCGAUACCUAUUCAUACCGUCAGGCUCUCCAUGAAGUUAGGCUCAGCCUCCAUAUUCCGCCGCACCGUGAACCCGGUAGCUUUGGGUUUGGCAGUCACACCUCCUGUUGAUGCUGAGGAAAUCAAGGACCUAUCCCUUCGGGCAGCUAUCCGGCACGCCAUUCAUGCCAUGUCUGAGGCCUUCAUACUCGCUUCCUCAGGUUCUCGUCAUUUAGAAGAGGGGCAUGAUGAUGCAUGGGACCUGCUGGCGGACCUCAAGAAGAAAAUGGCGGACCUGGAGCAGAGGCUGGAAGUGGCAGUGAAGGAGGCUGGCACGCUGCAGAAGAGUCUUGACAAUCUUGAGGUUGCUCAUCGGAUCAUGGAGGGAAAGCUGAGGAGGAAAGCCGAGGAGGCCGGUCCUGCUUCUGUCCAGGCCUUUCGGGGAAGUGAGGGUUUCCAGGCUGAGGUAGAUCAGAUCAUCCUUGGCCGCAUGCCUCAAAUCGCCCAAGACUAGCUCGUAUCUCCUGAGGGGGAGGCUAGGCCGGAUGAGGAGUGAACCCUGUGCUUCAAGCUAGGCCAAUAAGGGAUGCAAAAGUCCUUGUACGAACUCCUCCAGAAGAGGGACCCUACUUUCUCUGCUCAGGCUUGGGGGCUGCCAAUCCUAAUGGAGAACCCAGAAGCCCCCAGGGGAGCCGAAAGGCCACAGAAGAGAGCCCAACCUUGGUUGACUCUGCCUCAGAAAUUCCUCCCUCCUUAUCUGGUAAUUGAUUGAUCUUAAACACUUAACAAACACUCUUUCUGGGCCUGCAUGUUCGUGG